GCAAAUUUGUGCCCCCAUAUUCUUUCCAAAGAAUUAAGUGGGAAGUGGGAGCCCCGGGUGCCAAGGCCCAACGUAAAACUGCCAUUUCCUCUUUGGGGGCAUUUGUGUCACAGUCUGGCCCAACUCCUUUCUCAACAGGUGAACUUUCUGAACAUUCUUCUGCAAGGAGCCACGAUGACAUAUAGCUUAUUCACUUCCCAGGGGGAAAGGCUUCAUUUUGCUUUUACUUUGCCAGAGCGCCUAACAAUCACCUUGGGACUUUUUUUUCGUUUACUCCUGAUUUGUUUGGGUCUAAGCUAUUUUUCUAAAUGCUGCUGAGAACUCAAAGACACUAGAGAAAUGACUUAGCCCAUAGGUGAAUGGUACCUAUUUAUAAGCGUUAACAUAAUCAGGGCUGACUUUAACAUCAGCCCUGAUUUGGCACUCCUCCCUGGCCUACAUAAAUCUGUGGAAAAUUCUUCAUAUUCACUCUUGUGAGGCCCUGAUGUGUGGCUUUUUAAUUGUACCUAGUUCCUUGAAAAUUCUGCAUUUUAUAUAGUCUCUGGUAAGAAAAACAUUAGAAAGCCCAGUUAUCAUAGGCUCUUACUUGUUUAGGUUGAAGGGAAAGGCUAUGCAUGAGGCAAGCACGAAGAGUUAACUGUCUCCAAGCUGUCCACACUGGGGAAAUGUUAACGCACAUUAAAGUUCUGAACGACAUCAUCUCCACCAUGUUCAAUAGGAAGUUCAUGGAAGAAUUGUUCAAACCCCAAGAGCUCUACUCCAAGAAGGCCCUGAGGACAGUCUACGACCGCCUGGCUCAUGCCUCCAUUAUGAGACUGAACCAGGCCAGCAUGGAUAAGCUCUAUGACCUGAUGACUAUGGCUUUCAAAUACCAAGUACUGCUGUGUCCCCGUCCCAAGGAUGUGUUGCUGGUCACUUUCAAUCAUUUAGAUGCCAUCAAGGAAUUCAUCCGAGACUCCCCAGCCAUCCUGCAUCAAGUGGAUGAGACUUUCUGGCAGCUGACUGAAGUAUACGGGAGUCUCUCUGCUGGGGAGUUCCAGAUGAUCCGGCAGACACUCCUCAUCUUCUUCCAGGACCUACACAUUCGAGUGUCCAUAUUUCUGAAGGACAGAGUUCAAAAUUCUAAUGGUCGCUUUGUGUUGCCAGUGUCCGGGCCUCUUCCCUGGGGAACUGAAGUUCCCGGACUAAUCAGAAUGUUCAACAACAAAGGUGAAGAAGUGAAGAAGGUCCAAUUCAGGCACGGUGGGAACUAUGUCACUGCACCAAAAGAAGGUUCUUUUGAACUUUAUGGAGACCGAGUCUUGAAACUGGGAACUAAUAUGUACAGUGUGAAUCGGCCUGUGGACACACACAUGUCUGGAGCAUCAAAGAACUUAGCUUCACGGACAGAGGAAAACAUUACUCCAAACCCUCUUGCUAAAGAAGAGCUGAAUUUCUUGGCCAGGCUGAUGGGAGGAAUGGAGAUUAAGAAACCCAGUGGCCCUGAGCCAGGAUUCCGGUUGAAUCUCUUUACCACCGAUGAAGAAGAGGAACAAGCAGCUUUAACCAGGCCAGAAGAGUUAUCCUAUGAAGUUGUCAACAUACAAGCUACCCAGGACCAGCAAAGGAACAAAGAGCUGGCUCGGAUCAUGGGGGAGUUUGAGAUCACGGACCAGCCACGGUGGACCGCCAGCAAGGGGGAGGACUUGCUCGCCAUGAUGGAUGAGCUGUAGCGGUGCUGACCAGGCACACCCUCCACUAGCAUGGGACAGCCUGCCUGAUGGCCACCCCUGGGGAAGGCCCCCGGGUCCAAAAUGAUGCUGCUAGUUUUCUACUGAGUGAAGCCGUUGCCCCCUGUUCUUAUUUCUGUUGUAACGAACGGUGCAAGUCUGCCUCAGGAAGCACUCUCUUGAAGGCACAUGCACACAUAUAUUUUCCACAAAAUACAUUCUGGCUUUUAAGCU